AUGGGAGACCUUUCCUUAGCCUCUACAUCAAGUUCUAUCGGUUUUUCUUCUGAUUUGGAUUCUGAUUUAGCUUCAUUAAAUAGUGAGGUAAUUGUAGCUGAAGCACUUUCACUUAUAAAGGAGGAAAAUUUAAAAGAAAAUUUUGAAGAAGAAAAUAACGUCCUAAAUAAUUUAAUAAAUAAAUUGGAAGCAGGAAACAAAUUGGAGGAUAUUCCAAUUGAAUUAAUUGAAAAAGAAGUUAAACAUAUUCAAAUAGCAAUAGAUAGAUUACAUGCUCGUUAUUAUACUCCUAAACCUUUGGAAAUUGCUAGAGAAGAUGUUAAUUUGUUGAAAUUAUUUGCUUCAAAAGUAACUGAACAAAAAACUCAACUUUGCCAAUUAGCCUCCUCCAUUCAUCAAAACGAAAUUUUAAAACAACGUUUAUUUAAACUUGUAGCUUCCCUAAAAAGAGAAAAGAAUUCACUUAAACGUUUCCACAAAGCUUUAACAACAGAAAUUAACCAAGAAAUUGAGCUUAGAUCCACUUAUAAACAAAUUGUGGAAAGAUUGGGGGAUGUUGAAAAUUUUGUUGUUUUUGAGAACCAAAUGGACCCCCAAAAUUUUAAAUCAAAAGAAAAUUUGAAAUUUUUACAACUUCAAAUUGAAUUGCUCAAAAAACAGUGUAGAGUAGUUAGACAAUAUGUAGAAAUUAGUAUUGAUGGAAGCAAAUGUUUAAGUCCUUCAAAACAGAAGAAAAUAAUUUUGAAACUUUGUAAUAGUGUAACUACUAUAAUUCAGGUAAUUGAUGAUAAAUGGAAAAUUGAAGCAGCAAAUAAACAAGAAACUGAAAUUAAUAAUAAUGAAAAAAUUGAAGAUUUAAUUGAAGAAGAAGGUCCUUCCACUUCCCAAAUAAAAAGAAGAAAUGAAGAAAUAAUUGAAAAUAAAUUAGAAAAAAUAAUUUUGUUGGAAAAAUCGAAAGAAAUUGAAUUUAAUAAAAUUAGGAAAGGGGAAAAAAUGUUAAAGAGGGAAGAAAAAAAUAUUGAAGAAAAAAUUGAGGAUGAAGAAAUAUUUUGUGAAUUUUAUUUUGAAAUGAAGGAAGAAAAUGAAGAAAUUGAAAAGAAAAUAAAAGAAGGAAACAAUUUAAAAAAUAUUAGUAGAAAAAUUUUUGGACGACAAAAUGUUGUAAAAGAAAAGGAAAAAUCUGAAGAGAAUAUUCAACGUAGUAGCAGUAGUAAAUAUUUGGUUACUGAUCCAGCUAUUGAAAAAGAAAAAUUAAUUAAGAAGGAAAAAGCAAGAUCGGAACCUUUAAGUGAGAAACAGAUGAAAUCUGAGAAGAAAACAAAUCCUCGUCUAAUAGAAGAGGCUAAUAUUGCCUUUGAUAAAUCAACAAAAAUGAAAUUUAUGUUGGAAGAAAUGCUUUCGGGUCAAAUACAAAUGCCUUCUACAAAUGAACAAUUUAGUCGUCAAAUAGAAUUAAUUGAAGCAAUAAAUAAAGAAUUGAAGGGAUUGAAAGAAGAAAUAAAAAUGGAAGAAGAAAAAAGUGUUGAAUUAAUUAAAGUUUUGGAAAAAGUUAAAAAAUUGUUGGAAGAAUUUGAAGUCAUUGAGAAGAAAUUUGUGGUUGUUUUUGAAGAGUUUGUUGAAGUAGAGAAGAGAAUUGGAAGACAAAAGGAGGAGGAAAAGAAAGAAAAGGAAGAAGAAAGGAAGGAGAAGAAAAGGAGAAAGGAAGAGAAGAGGAAGAAGGAAAGGGAAAGGAAAGAGGAGGAAGGGGUUGGAAGGAGAAGGGAAGAGGAAAGAAUAAGGGAAGAAGAAAGGAAAGUUGAGGAGGAGGAAAAGAAAGAGAAGGAAGAGGAAAGGAAGGAGAAGAAAAGGGGAAAGGAGGAGAAGAGGAAGAAGGAGGAGAAGAGGAAGAAGGAGGAGCAGAAAGAGGAAGAAGUUGGAAGAAGAAGGGAAGAGGAAAGGAAAAAGGUGAACGAAGUUGGAGGAAGAAGAAGCGAAGAGGAAAGGAAAAAGGAAGAGGAAAAUAAACGAAUUGAAGAGGAAAGAAUAAGGGAAGAAGAAAGGAAAGUGGAGGAAGAGAAAAAGAUGGAAGAGGAUGAAAUUAAAAUGAAAAAGGGAAGGAAAGAGGAAGAUGUGAAACAAAUGGCAACUGAAAUGAAAAAGGUGAAAGGCGAAAGGAAAAAUUUGAAUAAAAAGGAAGAGGAUGAAAUGAAAAAGAAGGAAGUUGAAGGAAAGAAGGAAGAGGAUUUAAAACAGAGGGAAGAGAAUGAAGAAUAUAAGGAAGGGGAUGGAAGGAAAAUAAAGGAAAAGGAAAGGAAGCGAGGGGAAGAUGAGAAGAGGAAAAAGAAAAUAGACGAGAAGAGAAAGGAGACAAAAGUCGUCGACCUCCCACAAGUUGAAGAAGUUAAAUCUGAGGAAAUUGAUAAAGAAGCCUUAAAACCGUCAAACUUGGGGCAAAAAAAGGAAGAUGAUUAUAUUGAGGUAAUAUCGUUAUCAAACCAAAAAAGAAAGGGGGAAGAAGAAGAAGAAGAAAAUAUCUCUAAGGCUUUACUUGAAGUUAAAGAACCUCUUAAAGUUUCAAUAACAACGACUAACAUUGCUUUUGAAGUGCCUAAAGAGCCAAUCUCUUCUCUUGUAAACAUCUACUCUUCUGGACUUUCUUAUGAAAAAAGAGUAGCUUCAAAAAGUGAAACUCCAAUUAAAGUUCCUGAAACAAAUAAACAAUCAGAACUUAAUCCAAUACCUUUGGAAAUUGUAAAGAAACAUGUUGGUUAUUAUGAACAAUUAAAAAUGAAAGAGGAUACAGAGAUUGAAGGAAGGAAGCUUGGCACCACAGAUAUUUUAUCUGAAGCAACUGAGGAACCAAAAUCUGUUGGCGUUGGUUCUUCUGGACGUUCUGAUGUACAGGAUUCUUUAAUUUCUCAUAAAACAACUAAACAACCAGAAAUAAAGCCAAUACCUUUAGAAACUGAAAAGAAGCAUGUUGGUUGUUACGAAAAUCUUUCACAGCUUUCAAUUGUUCAAGAAAAGAAAUCUGAAAGCCUCUUAUUUGAAACUUGCAAAUCAACAGAAUGGGAUAAAUCUAAAAUUGAUCAAUUUGUCAGUAUUUACUCUUCUGGACAAUCCUUAUUUGAAACUUGCAAAUCGAGUGAAUUGGAUAAAUCUCAAAUUGAUCAAUUUGUUAAUAUUUACUCUUCUGGACGUUCUGAUGAAGUUUUUACUUCAACAAAAAUGGAAGCACAAAAAAUUGAAGUUCCUUCCAUUAGCCAAGUUUCAGAGACUAAACGACAAUUAGAUAUUGACUCUGUCCCAAUGGAAGUUGAAAAAAAGAAUAUUCUUAGUUAUGAACAUUUAACAAUAAAGGAAGAUGAAAAGGAUAUGAAGCCAAAAAUAAAGGAAGAGGAGGAGGAAGGAAAAUCUUUGGAACAUCCAGGACUUUGUUUAGGUGAUUUUAUUGGAGAAAAGAAGGAAAUGAGGAAGAAGAAAAAAAAAAAAGUAAAGAAAGGGAAAGGAAGAAGGGAGGAAGAAGUAAAAGAAGAAAAUAAAGAAGUAAGGGAAGUGGAAGAAUUGCAACAGAAAGGCUCUGCUGAGAAAGAAAUUGAACAACAGAUUGUUUUAGAGAGUGAAGAAAUGAAAGAACCUGGAAGGGUUGGAGAGGAAGGAGGGUCUUUAUUAAAAGGAGGCUCUUUGUUAACUAAAGGAAGAGUAUUGGAGGAAGAAAAGAAAGAAAAAGAAGAAGAGGAGGAGAAAAAUAAGGAGAUUGAGAUGUCUGAAAGACUUCCUUCAUUAAUUGAACCUUCCAAAGAGAUGACAGAAUAUCCCGAAAUCGACGAAGCUUCUUUAAUUUCUCAUAAAACAAAUAAACAAGAAGAAAUGAAGCCAAUACCUUUGGAAGUUGAAAAGAAGCAUGUUGGCUAUUAUGAAAAAUUAAAACCUUCAAUUAUUGAAGAUAAAACAAAGACAGAAAAAGAAGAAAUAUUAAAAGAAGCUUUAUUAAUUGACAGACUUCCAGAAACAUUAAAACAAAUAGAAAUGAAGCCUAUACCUUUGAAAAUUGAAAAUAAACAUGUUGGUUAUUAUGAAAAGCUUCCUUCUCCAUCAGUUGUCCAAGAAAAGAAGCCUGAAGACACGGAUCUUUUGCCUCCUACUACACCCUUCAAGGAGGAAGAGAAGAAGAUUGAAGAAAAAGAAGGCUUUUUAUCAUUUGAAGGAAGAGUAUUGGAUGAAGAAAGGAAGGAAAAAGAAGAGGAGAAAUUGAAGAAGCCUGAAUCUGUUGACUUGAAAGAAGAACCUUCCAAACCUAUUUUAGAGAUGGAGGUGAUUAGAGAAAUUGAAAAGGUUGAGGAAGGGUCUUUUCCGGAAGGAAUAAUAGAAGUGGUAGAAGGAGAACAAGAGAAAAAGGAAGAUUUUGAGGAAGAAGAAGGAGAAAAGUCAAAAGAAAGUUUUCCUAAUUUAGAGGUAGAACAGAAGAAGGAAGAAUUUAUUCUCUCAAAAGUUGAAGAAAAGAGUGAUUUUGUGGAAGAAAUAAAUUAUGAAAGAAGAAAUGAAGAUUUUAAGUCUAGUUUGGAGCAGGAAGUGAUUAAAGACUUGGGCAAAGAAACAGACUUCUUUUUAACUGGGAUAAGGGAGAAAGAGAAGGAUGAUAGUCUACCUAAAAUACUUUUAGAGAAUGAAGUAAAUAUUUUUAAUAUUUUCCGGAAAAUACAAAAAGUAAAUAUUUCAAAGUAAACUGUAUUUUAUGGAAGAUAAAAAUACAUAUGUAUUUUCCGGAGGCAUAUAUUCUUUUUUCCGGAAGCUGUUUUCCACUGUAUUUUAUCUAAAAAUACAUUUUAUGUAUUUUCCGGAAACAAUUAUACCUACUUUUAUAUUUCCGGAAGCUAUU